AUGGCUCCCGCUCACCUCCGACGUCCACCCCAGGCUCCGCCAACUUUCACAGCUACUCCCCAGUCCGUCGUAAUUGAUGCCGAGCGUCUGAUCAAGACCUCCCGCGACGUCCAGGAUAAGGUUGUUGCUCGGAUCAAGCCGGACACAGCGGCUUUUGCCAAUGUACUACGUCCGCUUGUACAAGAUGAGAAUGUCAUGGCUCUAGAGGCACACAUCUUGGGCUUUUAUCAGGCUGUAUCAACCGACCAGAAGCUCCGAGAUGCUUCCUCCAAGGCCGAGGAACUCAUGGAUGAGUUCUUCAUUGAGUCGGUGAUGCGCGAGGAUGUGUUUCAGCUAGUCGAUGCUGCUCUGAAAAAGAACGAGGAGCUCGACCCGGAGUCACGUCGUCUGCUGGAGAAGGAACACAAGGAUUUCGUCCGUAAUGGAUUAGGUCUUCCUGCUGGCCCGCAGCGAGCUCGCUUUAAGGAGAUCAAGAAGCGUCUCAGUCAGUUGAGCAUUGAGUUUCAGAAGAAUCUGAAUGAAGAGAAUGGUGGUAUUUGGUUUACCCCUGAGCAAUUGGACGGUGUGCCAGAGGAUGUGACCUCCGGUCUUAAGCGCGGCGAGGGUGAGAAUGCCGGCAAGCUCUUUUUGACCUUCAAGUACCCGGAUUUGUUCCCAACCAUGAAGUAUGCCACCAGCGUGGAGACUCGAAAGCAGGUCAUGAUUGCCAAUGAGAACAAGUGCAACCAGAAUGUUCCUUUGUUCCGGGAGGCUAUUGUGCUGCGUGACGAGGCUGCCCGUCUGCUGGGUUACCCUAACCACGCCGCAUUCCGCAUUGAGGACAAGAUGGCCAAGACCCCAGAGACUGUGAACAAGUUCCUGGGUGACCUGCGUACUCGAUUGACUGAUGGUGGCAAGAAGGAGAUUCAGACUCUGAUGAAGCUUAAGCAGGAGCUUGAUCCCAAGUCUGAUGGCCGUUACUAUCUGUGGGACCACCGGUUCUAUGAUCGGUUGAUGCUGGAGCGAGACUACCAGCUGGACCACCAGCUCAUUGCUGAGUACUUCCCGCUGCAGACCACGAUCGAUGGCAUGCUGAAGAUCUUUGAGGAGCUCUUCGGGUUGGAGUUUGUUGAGAUUGUUGGUGAGGACCGCGCAGCCUUGGCCCCGACAGGCAAGGGCGAUGACAUCGUGUGGCACGAGGAGGUGCAGGUAUUCAGUGUGUGGAAUGACGAGGGUGAGGGAUCUGGCUUUGUUGGAUACCUGUACCUGGAUUUGUUCCCUCGUGAGGGCAAGUAUGGUCACGCUGCCAACUUCAACCUCCAGCCGGGCUUCAUCGAUGCCGAUGGAAACCGUCGCUUCCCUGCUACCGCACUGGUAUGCAACUUCACUAAGCCCGGACCUAAGAAGCCCAGUCUUCUUAAGCACGACGAGGUUGUCACUCUCUUCCACGAAUUGGGCCACGGUAUUCACGACCUGGUCUCCCGAACCAUCUACUCCCGUUUCCACGGUACCAGCACGGUGCGGGAUUUCGUCGAAGCACCCAGCCAAAUGCUCGAGAACUGGUGCUGGACCCCCUCGCAGCUGCGCGCUCUGAGCCGACACUACUCAUCCCUGUCACCCGAGUACCUUGCCGGAUGGCAAGAAGCCAACAAAGACAAGACUGCUUCCGGACCCCCUCCCGAGCGUAUUCCCGAUGAUGUGAUUGAUAAGCUCAUCAGCACCAAGCACGUCAACGAUGCUCUGUUUAACUUGCGCCAACUGCACUUUGGUAUUUUUGAUAUGACUGUUCACGAGCCCAAGAGCCACGCCGAUAUUGAGGCCUUGCCCCUUUCUGCUACCUACAACCGCUUGCGCCAGGAGAUCACCCAGAUGGAUUCCGUGGAGGCCUUGGGUGGUGGUGAUGAGUGGGGACACGGCGAGGCGACAUUUGGUCACUUGAUUGGAGGUUAUGAUGCUGGAUACUACGGAUACUUGAGUUCCCAAGUUUACUCCACUGACAUGUUCUACACCGUCUUCAAGGAUGAUCCCAUGAACAAGGCUGCUGGUCGUCGUUACCGAUACCAAGUCUUGGAGAAGGGUGGUAGUCAAGAUGAGAUGAAGACCCUCACCGAGUUUUUGGGUCGUGAGCCUCAGACUACUGCAUUCUACAAGGAACUGGGCCUGGCUUAA